AUGAUUUCAACUAUACUGGAUAAGCUUGUCGAUAACUAUACAUAUGACCGACGCCUAAGACCGAAAUACGGAGCAGAACCAGUCAACGUUGGCAUCACGAUGCACUUGUCCAGCAUUAGUGCUGUAUCUGAAGUUGACAUGGAUUUCACGCUUGAUUUUUAUUUGAGGCAAACCUGGAACGAUCCACGUCUUGCAUUUAGUCAACAUCCGUUCAAUGUCUUCGAAGAAAAUGACAUUGAAUCACUAACAGUUGGGAUUGACUAUCUACAAAAACUGUGGAAACCGGACACGUUUUUUCCGAAUGAAAAAAAAUCAUUUUUUCACAUUGCUACAACGCAUAACUCAUUUUUACGAAUAGAUCCUAAUGGCAACGUUCUUAUCAAUGGAUAUAGUGUAUUAGAUAUCAUCUAUUUCUUCAAUAAAUCGAAAGACUCAAUAACAAAAUCUGAAUUUGAAUUACCUCAAUUUAUACUUGCUGAUGUACAAUUUGUGUCGCGAAAUGUUGUCUUAAGUUCCGGUAACUAUUCGCGUCUUAUUUGCGUGUUUCUUUUCGAACGAAACAUAGGAUUCUACAUAAUACAGAUUUAUUUACCAUCAAUUUUGAUAGUCGUCACCUCUUGGGUAUCGUUUUGGCUUAAUCGUGAUGCAACUCCAGCUCGGGUAGCCCUCGGUGUAUUUACUGUUCUUACAAUGACAACACUCACUACAACCACAAAUGCUGCAAUGCCAAAAGUGUCGUAUGUCAAAAGCAUCGAUAUAUUUCUUGGUGUAUCAUUCGUUAUGGUAUUCAGUUCGUUGCUCGAAUAUGCUGCCGUGGGAUACAUCAGCAAACGGAUUAAACUAAUUCAGAAAAAGCAAAAAGAUUUAAAAAAGCAAGACGAUACGAUUAUUCCGCUCUACCAACCCUUCUAUUCAUCUCGAGACAAAAACUCUAACUUGUACAAUGGUGGACAAAUUAUUCCACCUGGUGAAUGUCAAUGUCCCAUACCACCACCAUCACCAAAACGUAAAGUUCUUGCAGUGGAAAUACCUGAGGAAGAAGAAUACCUGAUGUUAUUUUGCAUUAUUAGACCAAGCAAAAUCGACGAAUAUUCACGAUCCAUAUUUCCAUUGAUUUUCAUAGUGUUCAAUAUGAUCUACUGGUCCUACUACUAUAACAUUAGCGGUCCAGAAUUGGCCGAUGUCGAUCUGAUGUAAAU